GUCGAGCUUGACUUGUUUAGCUAAUUCAAUUUCAAGAAUCAUGCGCCAUCAAAGAAUCCCAUCCCUUUGUCCAUUUAUGUAAAUUUUCUGGAGCGCUGAGAUUGUGACGAGGAAUUAGCGCUUUGGUGGCUAAGAUCAGUGGUACGCGUCUCCACGCCAUCCAAGAAAACCUUCACUUUUUUACCACGGAAACUCCGGAAAAAGCCUUUCGAGUGGCGCAGACGUAAUUCUCUUCUGCAUCUUUAAUUAUGUGGGACUUGCUGAAAGAGCUCUUGGUCUAUUCGGCCCUAGUGCCGCCUGCGCUGCUCGCUUCAUUUUCGUACCUCUCGGAUCUUUUGACGGGGAGAGGGCGAGUCUUCAGUCCCGACGCUGACAUAUGCGACCUGUCUGGAAAAAUCAUUCUCGUCACUGGUGGCAAUGGUGGAAUAGGCAAGGAGACCGUCCUUCGGCUGGCAAAGCAUGAUCCGGGGAAAGUCUAUCUCGCUUCCCGGGACGCGUCCAAGGCGCGGAAGGCAAUAUCGGACAUAAAAAAAUUCGUGCCAACGGCCGAAAUAAGCCAUCUGCAGCUUGAUCUGAUGUCGUUUGACUCAAUCGUUGAGGCUGCGAGACGGAUCGUUCAAGAAUGCUCACGUCUCGACAUUGUGAUCCUCAAUGCCGGCAUCAUGGCGACGCCCUAUCACACUACAGAAGAGGGGUUCGAGGCGCAAUUCGGAACUAACUAUGUUGGGCACGCGCUGUUGACCAAGCUUUUGCUCCCAACAAUGAUGGAGACCACCAAAUUGCCGGGUGCUGAUGUCCGAAUAAUUAGCGUCUCUUCAAUGGGCCACCAUAUGGCUCCAAAGGGGGGGAUCGUUUUCGACCCCGAGGUUCACAAGACAUUGACCCCUGCUCAAUUAUAUGGACAAUCAAAGUUGGCCAACAUAUUGCAUGCCAAAGCUCUGGCUACGCGAUACCCAGACAUUACGUCUGUUGCAGUACAUCCUGGUCUGAUCAAAACUGACCUCUACGGGUCAGUCAAAAGAUCCUUCUGGUUGGUACGUGUUGUGUUGACCUCGGUUGGAUCCUUGGUCUUAUCAGGCGUAGAGUUCGGAGCUCUAAAUCAGCUCUGGGCUGCUACAGCGCCCAGGGAAAUGGUCUUCAACGGGACUUAUUAUAUGCCUGUCGGGAAGAGGAUGGGAGCGCACAAGUACGCCAAAGAUAACCAACUCGCAAACAAACUCUUCGAUUGGACAGAAGCUGAAUUUGCGAAACAUGGGAUCGAGAAGAGAACAAACUUCAUAUCACGAGGCUAGCAAUCCGGUUUUAGUUCCCAAUUACCCUGUGAGACAGGACAUAGAAGCUGGCGGGCGUCCGCUUGAGUUGUGACUUCUGGAUAGGUCACGAGAAAAUCCUUUGCGCAAUGUAAGACCUCGGCAAGUCAAUGCUCUGCAAGGUCCAUGUGUCGGGUAACGGUUGGGAGUAAUCAAUUAUGUCUGCUAUGAACCCAGCGUAUUUCCUCCUCAAUAUCGUUUCUUGGCUGUGAGACAUGUGGGAUAUUUUUGCUUCACGGUCUUUGAUGUGUGGCUUCGAAGAUCUAUGAGGAGUUUGGCAUCAUUCCACUGAUGUUCCAAUUGAUAAAAUGCAUUCGAA